GGGAUUUCAAAAUGCCGACGAAGAAAUAUGUUUCACGUAGAUAUCCUAGUACGCGUUUAAGAUCAAUUUUACGAAGUUACGAGAAAACCAUAAGGCUUAGUAAACAGUCAGAAAUACUGGUGUUUUUGUCAUACAUUCUUUUCCUACAGAAGUUGGGAAAAGAAGCCCGAAACCAAGCCUUGAGCCAACGUCAGAAAAUUGUAACUGUUGAUCAUGUUGAAGAAGUAUUGCAGCUUGUCUUAAAACAAAUGAGAGGGUAGCAGUUACAGAACUCUGUCUGAAACCACUUCAAGUACACUUUAAAAAUUGGGGAAGACACACAAGAGCUUGAGUGAUAAAGGAAACCUACAGUUGUAAAUUAAACUUCAAGUCACUUGUUUAUAUUAAUGUUUAAAGCGUCACUUCAAACUGCUUAAUAUAUAUGUAUAGCACAAAUUAAGAGAAUAUCAUAACAGGCAUUCUUAUCUACUCCAAUCAAGUCAAAAUAAUGAUUUUUUUUAAUAUUGUAUACUGAAAUGUGUUAUAAUUUUCCUCAAUGGUUGUUGAAUAGAAGUAGAUGUGUAACUUGUGUAUAGUCAUUAGUGUGUUAAAAUUAGUUUAAUAAAACUACUAAAGUUAAGUAUAAGUUGAACAAACUCAUUCUCUUUCUAUUGUAAUAUUGUCGUGUGAAAAGUUUUAAAUCAAUUUUUUCGUGGGUUUAAUUAAAUAUUUUUUAUGAAGUAGCCAUUGUAAGCAGAGACAUUGAAGACUUGGAGGAAAAACCAAUGUUAUAGUAUAAAAAACAACAACAUGUAUUUAUAGAAAAAUAAUUAUCAAACACAAAGGGAGAGAUAUGUUUAAAACUAUUUUAAAUUACCUCUUAACUGUGAUUAAAAUAGAGUAAUAAUGGUUGGCAGUGAAGAAUUUCAUAGCACAAGAAGUAAGACUAGAGAGAAUUGGAUACAAGUGAUAUACAUAUACAGUUUUGAAAUAAGUCACAUAUUUUACAAAGCACUAGUGUUGUUGUGAAGAAAUUCAUUUCUUGAUGACCUUGAGAAGUCCAUGCUUGAGCUAAUCUUAUAAGUAUCCAAGUUUUGGGUUGAACUUUGAAUUAGGCUAAUUUACUGUAAGAACUGUACAAUUACUCACAUAAGGCAAUAGAAACAUAGUAACGUCACAGGUUUAAAUAUCAUCUUUAUUAGGUUUGGCACAUAACAUGAAAAAAUAAGUGGUUUGGAAAGCAAGUACGUAAACUAAACUUUU